AUGUUUUACUUGACGAAACUGACCCAGGGUCCUCUAGAAGCUUUCGAGGUCGAUCUCGAGGAGAACGUGUGCCAUAGCUGCGACAAACCUUUCGUGAAUCGCUUGCAGCUCCUCACCCACAAACUAGAAGAGCAUCAGCUGAAGAGAGGUUCUUAUGUCUGUCCAGAGUGCAAAUAUACGUCCGCGCGGAAGCCCGACGUGCGGCGACAUCUCCAAGUUCAUCUAGGGAGUCCGGGCAAUGGUUUCAAAUGCAGCGUUUGCAACGGGGAUUUCAAGAAUUAUCGUAGCUUAUCAUCACACAUCAAAUGCGUCCAUGGUUAUAGCAAUGUACCCAAUUUUGACCAGUCCUUCGUGUACCGACGGAUGGGACUUCGCUUUCUCUGUCCUUUCUGUGACUAUAAAUGCCAGAGAAAGUAUGACUUGCACCGUCAUAUGAGGAAGCACACCGGAGACAAGCCCUAUGGAUGCACUUACUGCAGCAUGAAGUACAGUCGUCUGGAACACCUCAAAACUCACAUUAAAGCCAAGCAUCUGUGCCAGAGCGCUUAA